AAAAGUGUCACUGUCAGUGUCACGUUCAAAUGUUCUAGUGCUUCUAACCUCAAUGUAGUGGUAUUUUAAACAUUUUGUGAUAUGUUGAAAAGUUUAACAAGCAGGCUGUGUGCAGCUGCGGCGAGCCGCGCGCUGCACACGACAGCGCCGCUGCAGGAGGUGCGGCUGCUGACGCGGCUGCGCGUCGUGGACAACUCGGAGCUGGGCCGACGCGCCAUGGCCGAGGGCAAGCCGCCCAAAGUUAUCUGCGUCUACAAUAAGAAACGUGUGGGCCUCAUCGGAGACAGAGUGAUGGUGGCCAUCAAGGGCCAGAAGAAGAAAGGUAUACUGGUGGGACUGAAGCAGAACCAGAAAGUGAAAGUGCCCAAAUUUGACAGCAACAACAUUGUGCUGAUUGACGACAACGGCACUCCGCUCGGCACGCGCAUUCACGUGCCCAUCCCCACCAUACUCAGAACUAUAUUGAAGGAAAGGACCCACGCCAAAGGAGCUGACUACACCAAACUAUUGGGUAUUGCUACUAGAUUUGUAUAGUAUUAAGUUUCUAUUUCUAAUGUGUAGUACUUAGGUAGUAGCUGUAAGGUUUGUGAGUAAAGUUAUUUUAUGUGA